CACGUCACGUCCACCGGCCACGUCGCCCCUCGUUCGCCAUAUUUCGUGGAGGAAUGAUCUGGAGGAGAGCGGCACUGAGCCGGUUUACACAUCUCACACUCACCGCGAGCUCUCUUCACCGCAACUGAAAGCCGCCCGAGAGGGAAUAAAACACCAUGAAUAUCUUUCGGCUGACCGGGGAUCUGUCUCAUCUCGCCGCCAUCAUCAUCCUGCUGCUCAAGAUAUGGAAGAGCAGGUCCUGCGCAGGUAUCUCUGGGAAGAGUCAGAUACUCUUCGCCUUGGUGUUCACCACAAGAUACCUGGAUCUCCUGACGUCCUUUAUUUCUCUUUAUAACACUAGCAUGAAGAUCAUCUACAUUGGAUGUGCCUAUGCUACCGUCUACCUGAUCUAUGCAAAGUUCAGGGCGACCUAUGAUGGGAACCACGACACUUUCAGAGCAGAGUUUCUGGUGGUUCCAGUGGGAGGUCUCGCCUUUUUGGUCAACCAUGACUUCUCUCCACUGGAGAUUCUGUGGACUUUCUCCAUCUACCUGGAGUCGGUGGCCAUCCUGCCUCAGCUCUUCAUGAUCAGUAAGACGGGCGAGGCCGAGACCAUCACCACCCACUAUCUGUUCUGCCUGGGGGUUUAUCGCGCUCUCUACCUCUUCAACUGGAUCUGGAGGUUCUACUUUGAGGGCUUCUUUGACAUGAUUGCCAUCGUGGCUGGAGUCGUCCAGACGAUUCUCUAUUGUGACUUCUUUUACCUUUACGUCACAAAAGUGCUGAAAGGAAAGAAGCUGAGUCUACCAGCCUAAAGUGCCAAAGAACAGCGAGCUGUGUCUCAAUCAGACUUAUAGAGGGGGCACAAGCCAAUGAUGCCACCGCAAGAUGCCCAAGACAAAGAAUGCAGAACAACACGCCACAUUUAUUUCUCUCCGCCUGGACACCAACUAUCCCCAUACAGAAACCAGGACGUUUUCGAAAACUUUUCUUCUGUCUUUAAGCAUCUUGCAAUUCAUCUUUUUUAUUGCUAUCAAAACGAGAAAAAAAAAGACAAAAUCUUUUCUAUAUGCAAGGUGUAUUGAAAUAUUGAACAGUGUAUUGUACACAUUAACUUCAGUUUAAUGCGCCAUUUGUAAAUUUGUCCAUGAUCGGUUCCCAGAGUGUCAAAUAAGUUUGUGGUUCGGGGGGGAAAAUGAAACGCGUAUGUUCAAUACUUCAAAUAAUUAAAUCUCAGUCUUUCUUUUUUUAA